AUGAUACUGCAUAACUUAAAUAAUAACAAAACGAACUUAUUGAAAAGAAAAAAUAAAUUUCAAAAAAAGUAGUUGUUCAACAUUUUGAAUAAGAAAAAUAAAAAAUCUAGUAUAAAUAUCUUGGUUAACAAUCCUUUUCAAAUUAAUCCAGAAGAUGAAUUAAUAAUUCAUUUCAUAAAAUUGUAUUGAAGGUAGAAUUCCUAAUAUAUAGGCUUUAGAUAAAUGUAUCAAUUUAAAGCAAUGAUGUUUGAGAACAAAUUUAAUCCCAAAAACUGGAAGGAUUGUAAAAUUAAUAAUAAUACUUGAAGAAUUAGAUUUAUAUGAUAAUCGUUUAAUUAAGAUUGAAAAUAUUGAAAUAUUAAUCAAUUUAGACAUCCUAGAUUUAUCAUUCAAUAAUAUUAAAAAAAUAGAAAAUUUAGAUAACUAAAAAAAACUUAAGAAAUUGUUUUUAUUAAGUAACAAAAUCAAAAAGGUAUUAUGUUCUUUAUAAUACAUAGUUUAAAAUUUAGAAUUUCCUGAACUCAUUAUGUUAGAAUUAGCAUCUAAUAAAAUUACAGAAAUUGAAAAUCUUGAUAGUUUAUCUCAACUUCAAGAAUUAUUUUUAGGAAAAAUAAAAUAUCAGUAACACUUUAGAAUUAUUAUCUUUAUCUUGUAAUAAAAUUUAAAUAAUUAAACCUGAAAUACAAAUCCUAUAAAAUUUGAAUUAUUUAUAGAUUGCUGAAAAUUUCAUUUCAAUUAUUGAACAUUGA